AUGAGGGAGGCCGAGAAUAGAGACAACGCCGCCGUCCGAGAGAUUGGCAUGAUCUCUGGAGGGCCACCCGAUGGAGAUUCGGGGAGAGCGUGCAAGUCCCAUGUGCGUCGCUUGGAGGUCCACACCGUGGGAUGCAGUAAGGAGCAGGCUUCUGGCCCUGUCAUCAGCUUCGGGCCGGCAGACCUGGAAGGUCUAGAACUGCCUCAUGACGACGCCCUUAUCAUCAAGGCCAUUAUUACCAAUAGCCGAGUGGCCCGGGUUUUCAUGGAUACGGGGAGCUCAGUUAAUAUUUUAUUCAGAACUGCAUUUGAGGAGAUGCAGAUCGAUGCCACUGAACUCCAGCCCGUGGCCACCUCUCUAUAUGGCUUUAUAGGCAAUGAAGUGAAGCCAAUGAGUCAGAUCAAGCUGGCUAUAUCUCUGGGUACUGAGCCAUUGGAAGAGCCCUUGCCUAUGGCUGAAGAACCCAUCCCCUGGGAGGAGGUACAACUAUAUGCUAAACGCCCUAAAAGUCUAACUCGCAUAGCCAGCGAUCUGCCUCCUCCUCUCAAGGAAGAAUUAGUCCAAUGCUUGAUCCGCAACUGGGAUGUCUUCGCCUGGUCUACAGAGGAGUUACCCGGGGUCAAGCCUGAAGUAGCAGAGCAUAAGUUACAUCUACUACCGGACUCCCGCCCGGUCAAAAAGAAGAAAUGGAACUUCUUGGCCGACCAGAACAAAAUAAUCAGAGCUGAGGUGGAUCAGCUCAGGAAGGCAGGCCACGCCCGAGAGGUGCAGUUCCCAUCCUGGAUCUCUAAUGUAGUCUUAGUAAAGAAGCCCAAAAACAAGUGGAGAGGGUAUCAUCAAAUCCCCUUGGCAGCGGAGGACCAAGAAAAGGUUAGCUUCAUUACGACUGAUGAAGAAACCUGCAGGACUCUCCGGCAAUACGGGUUGAAGCUAAACCCAUUGAAAUGCUUGUUUGGAGCUAAAGGAGGAAAGUUCUUGGGCUACCUAGUAACCGAGCGAGGGAUAGAAGCUAAUCCAAAAAAAGUUUGGGCACUACGUGAUAUGCAAGUUCCCCAGAAUUUGAAGGAAACACAAAAGCUGGUCAGCAUAAUAACAACCCUAUUAAGGUUCAUUUCUAGAUCUGCAGAGUGGGCUGCUCCUUUCUUCAAAGUACUUAGAAAGGCCUCUAAGUUCCAGUGGGACGAAGAAUGCACCCGAGCCUUUGAAGAGCUAAAGACGUAUUUGGAGGUUUUGCCAUCCUUAUUCAAGUUGGUUGUUGGAGAACCACUGUGGGUUUACUUGUCUGCCACCCCUGAGGCCAUGGGGGUUGUACUUGUUAAAGAACAAGAUAAUGUACAAUGA